ACUGUUCUGGAUGUCCUGGAUAUCUUACUUCAAUUAUGGAAGAAUCGUUCCUUUAAAGUUGCUCUCACCUUUGAUCACAUCAAAGCUGUGCUUAUGAACGUAUUUGUGGGUGGAACAGACACCGGUGCAGCAACUGUGGUUUGGGCCAUGACCAUACUGAUGAAGAAUCCCAUAGCAAUGAAGAAAGCUCAAGAAGAAAUCAGAAAACUUGUUGGGAAGAAAGGUUUUGUAGAAGAAGAUGAUGUUCAACAACUACCUUAUCUCAAAGCUGUGAUCAAAGAAACAAUGAGAUUGCAACCCACAGUUCCCUUAUUAGUCCCAAGGGAAUCAACUGAAGACUGUGUGUUAUAUGGAUAUGACAUAGCAGCUAAAACUGUAGUUUAUGUGAAUGCAAGGGCAAUUGGAAGAGAUCCUGAAAUCUGGGAAAACCCAGAAGAGUUUAAUCCUGAGAGAUUCAUCAAUAGCUCUAUUGACUUGAAAGGCCAAGAUUUUGAGCUGACACCAUUUGGAGCUGGUAGAAGAAUUUGUCCUGGGAUUUUUAUGGGUCUGGCAACUGUGGAGGUAUCUCUAGCUAAUCUGCUUUACAAAUUUGAUUGGGAGAUGCCUGUUGGAAUGAAGAAGGAAGACUUGGACAUGGAUGUGCAACCUGGUAUUACUAUGCACAAGGUUCUCUGA